UUUUGGUAGAAACAUUUGUACAAAUUGCGUUAAAUAAUUUACGGUUAACGAAAGAUAUUACAAUGAAUAGAUGAUAUUUAUAUCCAAAAUUAAUCUGAAAAAUGUUAAAUCGAAUACGAUAAUAAUAGAGAGAAAUGUUGACACCCAGAUUUGAGCUUUCACAAACAGACUCCGAAGUUGUCAUAACCAUUCAUGCUCGGUAUGCAAAUAUCAAAGACACUGAGGUCUAUGUAGACGGAAAUGAUUUUCGAUUUUAUUCGACUCCGUAUUAUUUAAGAUUGAAGCUGCCUGGUGAAAUUGUGGAAAAUGAGAAAUCAUCGGGGUCCUAUGACUGUGAGAAGGGGGACUUUUUCCUUAAAUUUUCAAAGGUCAACAAAGGCCAGCAUUUUGAAAAUAUGGAUAUGAUCACUACUCUGCUUGCCCCACCAAAAGAGAACAAAGAUUUUUUGGCCCCAAAAAUACAAGUUAUAAGCAAUCCAGCAGCUAAUGAAAAAAAUGAAAAUUCUGAUGUGGAUGAUGAGGAGAUUGAUGAUUCAAAAGGCGAGAUUGAUUGGUCUUUUCCUCAAACUGAACCAGGCAGUGGCGAAACAGUUCCCUUACUCGUGAACCCCCCUAGAUAUGGAUUCGCAAACAAAGUUUCUGCCGCUCUUGGAUCGUUUGAUGCAGCAUGGAUAAAAGAAGUGAUCGAUCUUCCACUCCCAGAUAACAUACCUAUGGAAGACCGCAGAAAAAUGAGGGAAGCUGCGGAGUUGGAAGCUUUUGAUGAGGAUCAUUACAUGGCUGAUCUUAUUCCUGACGAGUACAUCGACCGAGUUGAACUCUUUACGGAUGUAGAGCUCCCGUGUCACUAUUUAAAACCCGAAGGGAUUAUUUUCACCGACAAGGAAAAAGAUUUGUUAAAAGAGUUACCGAACAAAGAAUAUUUGCUCGACAAUGAAGAAACGAAAAUCGUUCUUUUUGGUAUGGUCGACAUUUUGUUUGGCUGCUGUUAUAACAGUCGUAUUACUCUUGGCGAAAAUACUACUGAAAGCUCCUGGGAUGUCAAUAAAUUGAGCUCCACGCUCUCCUGGUUUGAGACUUUUUCAAGUAUGAAGGAAGUUGUACGAGCCUGUUUCAGGAGAUCGCUUUGUUAUCCCCUGUGCAGGCACUGGAAUUUAUCAAUGAAAACAUUCGAAGACGUUAAAAUGACAAUAAAAUUAGGUAAAAAAUACGUGAUAAAAAAGUUCUGUGAGAUACACGAAAUGUUCAACGAAUCUUACGAGCCCCGUUAUUUACUGAAUCAAUUGUAUAUCAAGGAUUAUUUGAUUUGGUUGCAAAAAGUGCCCUCGUCUCUCAUCGAAUCUGUUUCUCCGAUGUUGGAUGCAAUAACCCCGAAAAAGGACGAAAUGGGCUUUGACCUCGAAGAGUUGGAAGUCGCUGCUUGGUCGGUUCAUAACGAGUCUCUCGUUAUAAAAAAUGUGCUGAACAACGUGACGAAUAAACUGGAGAACAUCAAGAUUGAUGGCAACGAUAAAGCGAUAAUCCAAGCCACCGAUUCGAGUUCGGAAUCCGAUAGCGAUUGCGAUUCAGACAGCAGUUCGAGCAGCAGUAGCAGCAGUGACAGUUCAUCAUCGAGCGAUACUAGCAGCAGUAACAGUACUACAACGACGACAAGCGAAAAAUCGGAGAAGCUCGACUCUGACGAUCUGAGCAAUUCCGAUUCGGCGUAAUAUUUAUUAUCAUUCCGAAAGAUUGAGCUAUAUUAUUUAUCGAAAACCAAGUUGGUUUACACAAAUAUAUUUGCGUUAUUCAUCGAUAUUAUUAAGAAAGAUAACCAGUGCAAAACGAAAGAAAAAAGCAACUGACGAAAUGAUUUUAUAUUCGAAUUUUACUGGUUUCGUAAGAUGACAAGAAAAUGAUGGACUGAGAGAAAAA